AUGGGGAACAGAAAGGGGGACAGUGGGGGGACAAGGAGUGGGGCAGGAGGAAGAAGAGGGGGACAAGAGGGGACAAAGGCACUGCCCCCGGGGGCCAGGAGGGUGGCGUUCCUGCGCUGGGAAUUCCCGCAGUUCAGCUCGCGGGGCCGGGAGCUGCUGGGCAGGGGGGCCCUGGCGCGGCGGCACCUGCGCAGGGCCGGCUUCCUGCUGGUGGAGGUGCCCCACUAUGAGUUCCUGGAGCUGAAGCUGGAGCGGCAGCGCGUGUCCUACCUGAGGGACAAGGUGGCCAAGGCCGUGGCCAGCGACAUGGCCACCGACACGGCCCCCGACACGGCCGCCUAGCCCUGCCCACGGCCACCUCACCCGCCCAGGGGGCCCUGGCACUGUGCCAGGGUGACCAGGUCACCGCGCCGAGGUCACCGGGUCACCGCGCCCAGGUGGCCGAGUCGCCGUGCCCAGGUGGCCACGUCACCACACUGAGUGGCCACGUCAGCGGGUCACUGUGCCCAGGUGGGGUCAGGUGGCCACAGCGAGGUCACAGUGUCCCCAAGUGGCUCCAGCAUCGCUGCUCUGUGUCACAAACGGCUCAAAUAAACCCCAAAUGUACAGGGA